CAGCCUCUGUUUCCUCCUCCGUACAAACAAAGCCUGUCCUGCCCUGAGCUCUCCGAGGUUCCAAGGCAGAGGUGGGAUAAACACUGUCAAGUCCCAUGCAAGUGGAAGUGUGGCGUCUGGCCACCUCUCAGAGAACCUAACCGCGCCAAGUGCUCCCCCAGCAUCCUCUGGCCGCUUCCUCCUGGGCAGAGGGGCACCCACCUUGGCCAGGGCUGCCCCAAACCCGGCCCCUCCCUCGAGACUCCCCCACGGCCCAGGCUCCACCGCUACAACCGAGCAGCACAUCCUUCUGAGUUUGGAUUUAGUCUGCACUAUGCAGAUAAGAAAACUGAGGCUCAGAGAGGUUGACAUCCCCCACCCCAGCCCCAAUGCUUCUCAGCUGGAAAGGUGGCAAAGCCAGCACUUGUGCCCCUGUUCUCCUCCCUGCAGCCCCUGGGGCCGGAAGCCCAGGUCACCUGAUGCCCCCCCCCACCUUUGACAAGCCCAGGCAAAGGCAGGAACUCCCAGAGCGGCCAGGAGCCUUGCCCAAGUGGCCCGGCAGGCUGGGACUUCCUGACUCUCGGCGGGGCUGCGGGAUGGAGACUGCUCUGGCCCAGGAGGUCACAGACAGGAAUUGAGGCUGGGUUCCCACUGACUCUGUCCCACGGAGCUCAGGGCACCCCUGGUGCACAGACUACUGCACACGUAGGUCCCCAGGCCAGGGUGGAGCUGCCACUCCGUCCUGGGUACCAGGCCCGGGGCCAUGACACAGCGAGGCCAUCAGUGGUAGAGUGGAAGCUCCCAUGCCUAGGAGUUACCUGGGAAACUAAGAAAACACACAACCAAUCCAGUCCAACCAGAGGCCGGGUCCCCACAGAUUCUGAUCUAAGUGAAAUGGGAUGCAGCCAGGGCAGCAAGACUUCUAGAACCCUGCUGGGAGAUUCUAGGGCGUGACUGAGCAUCCAAAGCCCCGUCUUGCCGUGGCUGCAGACGGGAAGCAGCCUUGAGGCAACCUGAGUGACAGGAGUGGUGGAAAGACAGAGGACCCCCAGGUUUUAAGCACCUACUGUGUGCCAGGCGAGGUAUUGCUGCCUGAGCCAAUCCCAUUUUGCCCUUCCUGUACGCCCGGGGCUGGACACAGCGUCCCUGUCCUGCAGGUGUGGACACUGAGGCUCGAAGUGACUUGGCAAGUUCCGAGACCAUGCUUGGCAGGGCCACAUCUCCCAACCAACCAGAUAUCAAGUACAUCGAAGUCACUUCGAUGAGACCGAGAGGCCAGGACGGUGCCCCGCGCAGCUCCAGCCUGUCUGUCACCCCACCCUUUGGCUCCCCACGCGGCGGCGGCCCCCUCCUCUGCAGAGACGUCCCCCGGGAGACCCGCAGCAGCGCCGAGAGCCUCAUCUUCUCGGGGAGCCAGGGCAGGGCUCCCGCCCCCCGCCCUUCCCCCAGCAUCGCCAUCCCCUCCGUGGGGGGCAGGGCCUCGGGCCCCCAUGGCUUGGGCUCCCCGCUGCUGGCCUCCCCGAGCUUGGAGAAGGAGCCGAGGGCCCUGACACCCCAGCGGGGCAGCAGGGGCUCGGUGCUGUCGGCCAGCCCGGCUUCCGACGUCAGCUACGUGUUCGGAAGCAGCCAGUCUCUCCUCCAUGCCAGCGUCUCCAGCCACCAGUCAUCUCUGAGGUCCUGGGAAAGCCCAGCCAGCUCCUCCUCCAGCCUCCACAGCCUCGGCCCUGAGACCCUGUGCACGAGACCUGGCAGCGUCCAGGCCCCCAGGAACCCUGGCCCAGGCUCGGUCCAGCCCAGCGUGACUCACUCCCUUCCGCCGGCCAUGGAGCACGCCAGCAGCUGCCCGGCGUCCACUGCCAACUCCAUGGUGGACAUCCCCAUCGUGCUGGUCAACGGCUGCCCAGCACCUUGGUCUGCCCCACCCCAGCGGACACCAGGACCUUUUCCCAGCCACCCCUGCCCAGAAACCAAGAGCCAAGCUCAGACCCUGCCAGACGUCCCCUCUGCCAUGGCCCCGGAAGGUCCUAGCAGGGACACACAACCCACCAUGAAGUUCGUGAUGGAUACAUCUAAAUACUGGUUUAAGCCGAGUAUCACUCGAGAGCAAGCCAUAGAGCUGCUGAAGAGGGAGGAGCCAGGGGCCUUCGUCAUCAGGGACAGCUCCUCCUACCGUGGCUCCUUUGGCCUGGCCCUGAAGGUCCCCGAGGCCCCUGCAUCCGCCCACCACCAAUCAGGCGAGGACAGCUGUGACCUUAUCCGACACUUCCUCAUCGAGUCUUCGGCCAAAGGGGUACAUCUCAAAGGAGCCGAUGAGGAGCCCUACUUUGGGAGCCUCUCUGCCUUCGUGUGCCAGCACUCCAUCAUGGCCCUGGCCCUGCCCUGCCCGCUCGCCAUCCCGCAGCGAGAGCUGGGAGCUGCAGACGGAGCCGCAGAGCCCCCCACAGACAGCCGGGCCUCCAGCCCCAAGAAAUCUGCAGGCUGCCACACCCUGUACCUGAGCUCCGUGAGCGUGGAGACCCUGAGCGGGGCUCUAGCCGUGCAGAAAGCCAUCUCGGCCACCCUGGAGCAGGAUGUCCUCCCCACGCCCACCGUGGUCCACUUCCGAGUCACCGAGCAGGGCAUCACGCUGACCGACGUGCAGCGGAAGGUCUUCUUCCGGCGCCACUACCCACUCAGCACCCUGCGCUUCUGUGGCACGGACCCCGAGCAGCGGAAGUGGCAGAAGUACUGCAAGCCCUCCCGGAUCUUCGGGUUCGUGGCCAAGAACCAGACGGAAGCGCAGGAAAACGUGUGCCACCUCUUCGCCGAGUACGACGCGGUGCAGCCGGCGGCGCAGGUCAUCCGCCUGGUCGUGGCGCUGCUGCAGGAGGUGGAGCGGGUGUAGGGGUCGGCGGCCCCUCCUGCCGGGACCUGUGUGGGGACCUGUGGGGCCUCUGCUCCAGGCUGGUGACGCUCUCGCGGUGGCCUUUGGGUCCACCUGCCCGGCAGUGGCUGGUGUCGCACACCUAGACUUGCCGAUGUAACUGUCCCACGCGUGGGAGGUGCGGGCAGAGACGCUGGGGCUCCGGCGCGGCUUCCAGGGCGUGUGGCCGCGGGUGGCCCCCGGCCUCGCGGCCACAAGGGGGCAGCAGAGAGUCAGGAAUACUGAGGCCGGCCGCCUGAGACCGGAGAGCGGGAGCCUUUCCGCCGCUUCCCCCGGGAAGGCAGCCCUGGAGGCGCGCCAGCUGCAUCCCAGCGGGCACCGCUGUCUCGAGAGCAUCGCUGUGUUUGGCCGAGGCCGGGCCUGAGGGAAACAUCAGAUUGCGGCCCGGUUGGCUGUGCGCCCACCUGGCCCGCACUCGUCUGCAGGUCGCCCAGGUUCUCAAGGCUGCUGGGCCCGGGCCCAGCUGUGGGGCGGGCAGAGUCCUCUUGUCCCCCUAAGUGCCCAUGUCACUCCCAUUACCAGAAAAGAAAGUGUCUGUCGCCCCAGUGCCGAGGAUGGGGUCCCCAACACAGGAGACCCCGUCAGACAGGACCGGGUUAGACAGGCCUCCCCCCUCCGACCACAGCUCCAUCGGCCACUCUGCCCCCCUCCCCCGUGCCUGCCUCUGCCUCCGCUGGUGGCGCCGGAGCUGCUCGGGGAGUCCGGAAGGAUCCCUGAACCCGGGUGACCCGAGCCACCGGCCCGGCCUGCCGCUGGACAAUGGCCCCUUCAUCCCACCCUGGGCCUUGGGCUCUCCCCAGCUCCUGCCAGCUGGCCACCCCCUCCCUCGCCUGUCCCUGGCGAUGCCCCCUGUAGGCUGCAGGACGUGCAGGGUCACCACAGUGCAGGGCCUCAGAGGAUCGAUUCCCUCCCUCCCGCCGCACCCUGGGGCCUGGGCCACAGCAGGGGCAGCUGGGCAGGGAAGGGGCCACCUGAUGCCCACACCCCACGCCCUAUGUCCUCCAGCGGGGGGACUGCAACCUCUCACCCGCACCCUGACCGGACUCCUGCCCUGUGGUCCCAGCCCUGCCUGCUCACAUCCAGCCCGUCUGAGCCUGCCUGGCCUUCACCCUGUGCCACCCAGGAGUCUGUGGGCUCAGAGCCAGGGUAGAGGGUGGAGGCUGCAGGUUCCAAUCAGCAGCUGCUGUCCCCGUUCAUGCAACCCGCACUUCCCAGCAGCAGGCAGGCUCGGCCGGAAGAGGGGCAUCUGGGCAAGAUCGGCUUUUCUCAGGAGGGAGCAGGGCACUGUUUCCACGGAGUUAACAUUUGAGCUGGGUUUUCAAGGGUGGAUAGGAGUUUGCCAUGCAAAGAGGGGAAACCAACUUUUAUUGGAGGGAAUCCCAUGUGCUAAAUCCAGUGUGAGACACUUCAUAUGUCCAGUUCUGUUUUGUAGGAAGCCCCAGGGUCAUCAGGAACCUUUUGUGCCAAGCUGAGAAGGAGUGUUUUUGAAUGAAUGAGGUUGGACACAGGACCACUUGUACAGUUGUGCAGGUUCUGCAGUGCACAAUUGCACAUGGCAACCUGCUUGGACUUCAUGUAGGUAAGAGAGAGGCUUUGGGGCAGAGGAGGAACUGACAAUUUGUGCUCUAGAAGCAUGGCUAGGGGUGCAAGGAAGGACCUGAGACCUGGGGGAGAAGGGCUUGGGAGGAGGAAGUGGAGAGGACUUGGCCCUCAAACAGGAAGUAGGGGGAGGCUCGGGAGAGGGGCUGCAGCUCCCCACAGGCCGGGGAGGCACCAGCUUGCUCUGGGCCCAGAUCCCUUCUCACAUCAGUACCCUCAGGGUGUAUGCGCAGCUGGCUUGGACUCUGUGUCCCAGGCUGGCCUUGAACUGGAGAUUCUCCUUCCUCAGUCUCCGUGAAAUCACUCUCUUCCUCUUCUAAAGCCACCAAUCCUAUAGCGUCAGGACUCCAUUUAACCUCAGUGAGCCCUAAAACUCCCCGCCUCUUAAGUGGAAUCACAGCGGGCUGGGUGAAUUCAGUCAAUAUCCCCUCUCCACAGGGCCCCGCCUCCCCACCUGCAGCCCCGCUGGCCAGGAGGUGGCCCAGGGUGGGAAAGACCGAGGCUCAGUUUCCCCAGCUACCCAGCUCCCAGUGCGGAAUGGGGCUGAUGGGCCAGACACAGCCAGGCGGGACGUGCUCCAUGCUGUCCCCACGCAGACAGGGCCCCUCCCCAACUCGGCUGUGUCUUCUCCCAUACCUCCCCUGUGCCCCUCAAGCCCUAGGACUUCUGUUAGAUGUGGGACCGCAGAUUCAGAGGUUGGGUAGAUUCCUGAGGGCGACUGUCCUGAACAGCACAGCAGGAUUCGAAGCCAGGCAACGUGAACCCAAACGAGCAGAAGAACCGAGGUCACCCGAGCCAGUCCCCUGCCUCCUGGGACAGCAGGAUAGGCACAGGGCCGUCUGCUUCUCCUGUCUCUUACCCCAGUAGGGCCCAAGUCCUCUCCCCAGCUCUGUCCCUCACCCCGGCUGCUCAGGACGCUGGAAAAGCCACUCAUGCCCCUCUGCCUGAAAGCAGGCACUUGUGUCCUGCAACCCCUGUCCCCCCAGGUGGCAACCUCUGGCUUCCUGUCUCACUGAGAUUUCCUGUCUCGGGCGGCUUCUGCGCCACAGCUGUCCCCAGGCCUGCAGAGAGAAGCCGCCAGCCAGGGCCCCUUCCUUUGUUCAUGUGUCCACCCAGCAAACAUCUGCAUGCCCGCUGUGCACAUGAAGAUAGGAGAGUAUUUCCGAAAAACAGAAAAUAGCAAUCGGGGGAAACCUAAUACAGGAAACAAACAAGCAUGGCAGGAAGUAAUGUGGAGGGAGAUAUUCUGCCUGGGACAGCCAGCAAGGAGUCCUCAAAGGAGGUGAUACUGGGGGUAAAAGCUGAAGAGCCCAGGGCAAGAGUGAUUGGCCCAAGGGAAUGGCGCAUGCAGAGGCCCUGAGGUUGGCAUGCGUCGUGAUCAAGGGGCUGAAAGGACCUUAGAGGAAAUGCAGGGCCACAGGGAGACCCCUUCCACUGCCUUCCUGUGCCUUUGGAGCUGGGUGUAUGCGUCCACCCUUGCAUACCCAGGUUUGUGGCCCCCAGCAGCCUCUUGUGCCCAUACACAACCAUCGGCCUCCCCUGGGGCUGCAGCUCUUCCUUCUUCCCAAGCCCUGAUGAGCUCCUAAGCACCUCUGCUGCCCAAACGGCCCUUCCUAUGUGUGAGAUCACCCUGCUCCACCCUCCCUGGGGAUGUUGGGGCAGAGAUGCCGCCCUGGCCUCUGACCCAUUCCUGCCCAGUGCUCAUCACUGCCCUCAGGCGGGCCCGCCCAACCCUGGUCCCUGCCCCUGUAACGGGCACAGGAGGUCCCUGAGGCCCCCAGCGGGCCCUGCAGGGCCCAUCUGCACGGGCAGGCCCUCCCCCAGCCCAGGGCCUUCUCCCCCCACAGCCCCAAGACUGCCCCUACCCAGAGGCGACACAUGCAUUCUAGAGGCAGCCUCUGUUCUCCCCCGGUGAAAAAGAGAACAGGAGCAUUUUCACGGUUCUCCAGGCCCCAUUUGCUGUUUAGCACAAGCCCUCUUCGGAAUCACAGCCCCUAAUCAGCCUGGACGCUGGUGGCUGAGGCUCCCCAGAGAGGGCCCCCAGAACUGACCCGGGGCUCUGGGUCCCAUGCUGGCCUGGCCUGACCCCUCACACUGCUGCGUCCAGCCUGGGGUCACUGAGCAGUCACAUGUCGCUUCCAAUGAGAACCCUUGGACUGCGGCUGAGAAAUGAAGUUGGGAAACAGCUCAGCCAAAGGCAAUUGAACUUUUUUUGGGGGGGGGGGGGAACCCUCUAUUGUCCAAGUAACGUUUCACGAUUCUGGAAAAUUGCGCUGAUUUCCUGAGCAGUCGGCUCUCAUUUCCCCCCUCCCAGCUGCCCCAGCCUCCGCGCUCUGGCUUCACUCAAGACAAGGAGCCGGAAGGGCGGCAGAGACCCCCAGGCCCGGGGAGGGGGAGGGAGCGCCUGUCCCCAGCUGUCCCCAGCUGUCCUCCCUCUCAGCCCUGACUCCCAGGGGCGGCGGAACCUGACUCUGGAGCAUCACAGUCCUGGGCAUCCCUCCGUCUCAGCAACCAGCCUGCACCCGCCCCUCCUGGCCUCUGUGGGUGUUCGGGCUCUAGGGGUGCAGAGAGUGGCCCAGCUGUGCAGCAUUUGUGCAGCUGCCAGGCUGGCAGGGGAACCGUCUGCCCCCUGACCCCAGCCUGGCCCUGGCGCAGGAACUGCUCUGUCUGCAAGGCCACAGCUGAGGUUGAGGGGAAUGAGCCUGGGGCCACUCCAGAAAACCAGGGGACAGUGUGCCCCCCUUGGGACCUCCAGCUGAGCCAGGAUUCGGGAUGGCCAGGCAAGUGGUGCAGGGUGCCAGUCCCGGCAGGGUGGCCCAAAGGUGUGGGAUUUGUCCUCAGCGGCCACCCCCCAUCAGCACCCUAUGCAGGCCAGCAACGUUCCAAGACCACCAGCCCAGAGCAGGGAGAAGAGGGAAACAGAAGGAGGAAGUCCAGCCCUGUCAAACAGGAACCUCGUGCCCCGCUUCCUCUGACCCGACCCUGGCUUGGUGACCUUGGUAUCCGGGCCUCACUGUCCCCAUCAGGAAAAUGGCCUGGGGGUCGGUGACUGCUUCCACAACCCGGCUUCUUGCAGUGCCAGCUGAGCCUGCCCGCUCCCCCUUGGCCUGGGUGGCCCCUAGGAAGAGGGCACUGACCUUCGCUGGAGAAUUCAGAGUUGGCAAAGGGGGCCAAGAGAGUGGGGGACAUGGCCAGCUAUGGAAGCCACUAAUCUCGGGCUUCUCCCCACCCCACCCCAGGGGACUUCAGCCGCCUCCACUAAAAGCAAUUUGUCAUGCCCUGAAUUAAGUGAUUCCAACAAGGGUUUAAUUUCAGUUUAA